CGCAUUUCCGGUGGCCCAGACGAACGCCACAACUAGAUCUAGUGAUUGUUGACAGAGUUGAAAAUGCAAGAACACGUAAAAUGCUGCUUUUCUUUUGGAGAAUAAUACUCUUCUAAAUUUAAACUAUGCCCAAAUGUCUACUAAACUCCGUAAGGGGUUACAAAUCAGGAAAAUACGUUGCUGGCAACGUGUACGACCCAUUCGUCAUGACCACUCGGUCCGGCCUGUCAAUAAGUACUGCACCGCGUGGUCGUGUGACCACAGUGGUGAGAAACAUACCCUCCCCUGUACCCACCGACGAGCCACCACCCAGCGUGCCUCCUAAAAAGAAAAGUUUUCCAGUGAAGCAUCGCCCUUUAAGUCACUUAUCGUUUGUCACACGUUUCUAUAUCUGUCGUCGUCUGCCAGAACUUGACCUCGCAGGAGUUGGACCCCGAGACUUUGCCAACUGGCGAGAAGAGCUGAUGGCCUUGAGAGAAGUUCAUCGGUCAGAAAAAGAAGAAACGCCCGAAGCUUUGUCGCAGGGAGAUGAUUCGAGAGAUGUCAUGAGAAAUACUGAAGAUAUUGAUGAGCAUAUCAGUGUAGAUGACAUCGGUCUGAACAGCGAAACUGACUACAAUUUGAAACACCCGACAGCACAGAUACAAGAUAGUGGAUCAUAUUAUGACAAAAUGCCAGUGGUGUUUUUGAACUCCCCAUUAUUACACAGAGGUCAAGGACUUCUGCAGAGUAACGUUAAUACCAACAGGAACAACAAGACUUUUCAACCUCACAAGUCGACAUCUAAUGUGACAGGGGACUGUGGACCUUCCCAGGCGCUGCCAUGUCAGAGCACCCAUCAACAGUAUUGUGAGCCAGAGGAUGGUUUAUCAAACUUGUUACUGGUAGACGAUGAUAGCCAAGAUAGCAGAGAUGAUGCACGAAGUCUUUCUACCGAAUAUGAGAACCUGAGCGAGAGCGAUGAUAGUUCAGGUGAACAAGAACUUAGAUGCCGAGAUUGUGAUGUGGAAUUCUCAUCUUUCUCUGCCUACAAAGCUCACAUGUGGGUUCAUGGCAAGACCAGGAACGAGUGUCACAUUUGUGGCAAAAUCUUUACACGGUCCUGGCUCCUCAAGGGUCACAUGCGUACACAUACAGGUGAACGCCCAUUCCGCUGCUCAUAUCUUGACUGUGACAAAGCUUUUGCUGAUAAGUCGAACCUUAGAUCCCACAUGCUCAUCCACACAACACAGAACAAGACAUAUUCCUGUCCAAAGUGUUCUCGCGCCUUUGCCCAGAAGAGAUACCUCCACAAGCACAUGCUUGAAGUAUGUCGUAUCAUCUGACCUGCGGGUUGUUCUUUUCGAGACACCCUCUGUGAAGUUUUAAACAUUGUUAAGAUAUUAUACCCUUUUUAUUGCAUGGAAGCACGUCUUGUUUCACAUGCAUAUCCUGUUACUAUCAAUUUGACAUUUGUACCAAAGUAUAAAUCUAUAACAUUGAUUUCUGACUUAAUAAUUGUACAUAUUCGUGACAUAUUUAAUCUAAAUUAUGUGAUUGUGCUUGAUCGUAAAAAAUGUACAUAUAUGAAUUUUAUGUUAAUAAUAUUGUUUUGUUUAGUCACUUGCAUGUUUCCUUCAGUAGUUUGGGUUUGGGACUAAGGUCAAUCGGACAUAUCCCUUGAUUUUAGAGCAUGAGCAGAGUCUUAGUGCUCCUUUAACAUUGCAUGAACUGUUCUCAGAUGAUCUACUUGUCAGAAUAAAUUG